AUGUCUACAGUAUCGUUAUCCUCUUCAUUCACCAAUGGUGGUUGGGUUGUUCAAAAAUUUGGUGGUACAAGUGUUGGUAAAUUUCCUGAAAAAAUUGCAGAUGAUAUAGUUAAAGUUUAUUCUCAAACAAAUAGAGUUGCUGUGGUUUGUUCAGCUCGUUCUUCAAAAACUAAAAGUGAAGGUACAACAUCAAGAUUAUUAAGAGCUGCUGAUCUUGCAUCAAUUGAUGGUGAUUAUGAAUCUAUCUUGGAAAUUGUUAGAAAAGAUCAUGUUGAAAAUGCUGAAUCCAAGAUUAAAGAUUGCAACUUAUUAGAAAAAUUAAUUAAAGAUACAAAUUUUGAAUGUGAUCAAGUAUUAAAAUUAUUACAUGCUUCACAAAUUAUUGGAGAAAUUUCUCCAAAAACUUUAGAUUCAAUAAUGAGUGCAGGUGAAAAAUUAAGUUGUUUAUUUAUGGCUGCAUUAUUUAAUGAUCAUGGUAUUAAAGCUCAAUAUAUUGAUUUAUCAACAGUUAUUGCCCCUGGGUUAGAUAUUUCAAGAUCUGGAUUUGAUAAUUCAUUUUAUUCAGAAUUAACAAGAUUAUUAAGUGAAAAAGUUCAAGAAAUUCAAGAUUUAAAUAUAGUCCCUGUUUUAACUGGUUAUUUUGGUAUAGUCCCUGGUGGAUUAUUAAAUGGUGUUGGUAGAGGUUAUACUGAUUUAUGUGCUGCAUUAAUCGCUGUGGGGAUAAAUGCAGAUGAAUUACAAGUUUGGAAAGAAGUUGAUGGUAUUUUCACAGCAGAUCCACGUAAAGUUCCAAAUGCAAGAUUAUUACAAUCUGUUACUCCAGAAGAAGCUGCAGAAUUAACUUAUUAUGGUUCAGAAGUUAUUCAUCCUUUUACAAUGGAACAAGUUAUUAAAGCUAAAAUUCCAAUUAGAAUUAAAAAUGUUGAAAAUCCAAUUGGUGAAGGUACAAUUAUUUAUCCAGAUGAUGUUAGUAGAAAAGGUGAAGAAACUCCACCACAUCCACCAAUUAGUGUUCAAAAAGUUCCAUCAAGUGUUUUCACUAAGGCAAGAAAAGCUACUGCAAUUACUACAAAACAUGAUAUUAUAGUAUUAAAUGUUCAUUCAAAUAAAAAAACUUUAUCACAUGGAUUUUUAGCACAUAUUUUUUCAACUUUAGAUCGUUAUAAAUUAGUUGUUGAUUUAAUUUCCACUUCAGAAGUACAUGUUUCCAUGGCAUUACAACAUUCAGAUGAUGAAAAUGCAUCAAGAGAUUUAAAAGAAGCAGUUAAUGAAUUAAGAAAAUUAGGUACAGUUGAUGUUACUAAAAAAAUGGCAAUUGUUUCAUUAGUUGGUAAACAUAUGAAACAAUUUAUUGGUGUUGCAUCAACCAUGUUUUCAACAUUAGCUGAACAAAAUAUUAAUAUUGAAAUGAUUUCUCAAGGUGCAAAUGAAAUUAAUAUUAGUGCAGUUAUUGAUGAAAAAAAUGCUAUUAAGGCAUUACAAUCAAUUCAUCAAAAAUUAUUAGAAAGUCCAAUUGGUAAUGUACCAAUACUUAAUGAAAGAAUUUCUCAAUUAAAAGUUUCUGAAUAG